ACUCAUCGGAAAAAGGAGAUACAGGAAGUGAAUGAAAUGCUAUAAAAAGUGUCAACUCGAUUCUGCAGUUGAUUAGAACUUUGCGACAACAUGAAGCUAAACACGGGAUCGCUGUUGUUGCUGCUUUGUGUAGCCUUUGGCGAAGGACAUGGCUUUGGUGGCAAGAAGUUUGGAGGGGGCUACGGAGUGGGUUACCCAUUGCCGUAUCCUGUGGCACAACCAGUUCCAGUUCCCGAGCCAAUUGUUGUCCCACAACCAAUUCCAGUGCCUCAACCUGUUCCAGUGCCAGUUGCAGUGCCUCAGCCUAUACCCUAUGUGCCUUUCAAGCACGGCUGGAAGGGCGGAUUAGGUGGUUUUGGAGGUGGCUAUGGAGGCUAUGGCGGCUAUGGUGGUGGCUAUCAGAGCUAUUCAUCGUAUAGCUCGGCCAGCGCAUUUGGAGGCGGCGCUUAUGGUGGUUUCGGAGGAUUGGGUGGAUUUGGCGGUUUCAAACGGCGCUAA